AUGUGGAGGCGCUUCGCGGCGGCGGCGGAGUUCUCCGCGCAGACCCCGCUGCACGGCUGCCGGCAGGCGGCCAGAGCCGGCACCAGCGCUGGCGGCGGGCUGUAUUGGGUGGCUGUUAUUUUCUGCUGUUCGGCGUUCUGCGCCUUGUUCGUUUAUAACAUUUGGACCGAAUAUGAAGACAGCCCGACUUCGACAACCAUAGAAAUGACUAAUUAUCCUCUUUACCGCAUACCUUUCCCAGCAGUUACCAUCUGUCCGUUCACUAAAAUCCGCAGAACUGUGGGAGAGAAGAUCCUUGCAAGGUACUUGAAUGUGUCAGUGUUGAAUGAAACGCUACGUGGACAGCUACGGCUUGUUAUGGAAGCUUUAUCUCUCCAAGAGUUUCCGCCCAGCAGAACAGCAAUGGAAACGUUCGAAAACAUAAAGGGAUUUGCUAGACUCUUUCAUAAUCUCAACACCACCCGUUUCAUGCUCGAUGUCCUUCCAAGAGUGGAAGAUAUAUUCGCAGUUUGCUACUGGCAAGGCUACAGGACAAACUGCUCCAGUAUAUUUUCACUUCAACGAACAGAUACGGGAUUUUGCUACAGCUUCAACUCCUUGACAUCAGAAAAAACGCGGCACUGCCCUCCACUGAUCGAGUACAAAGUACCCACAACCGUGGAGCAGCUGCAAGACCCAUGCACAGUGAGGCGCAACAUUGCAUCUGGUCCUACAACGGGCCUCGAGCUGUUCCUCAAAGGAUUACCCCCGGAAGAUACUCUUGACGGGAGGCUAGAUCCAUCCAUAGCAAGGGUGUCGGUGCAGCCGGUGACGGAGGUGCCCGAGUCUCGGCGCGGCCUGUGGCUGCGUCGCGCGGCGGGCCGCGUGCUGCUGCUGCGGCUGCGCGCCUCGCUGAGCCGCGGCGGCGCUCCGCUGGCGGCGCUGCCGGCGCCCCGCCGCCGCUGCCACCUGGCGGGCGAGCAGCGCGCGCGCCGCUGGCUGGCCGCCGCCUACUCGCAGGCCGCCUGCCGCGGCUCCUGCCGCCUGCAACGCGCCCUCCGCCUCUGCCGAUGUACGCCCUACUUCUUCAACUACGUGCCCGGUCAGUCGCCCUCUCACCUAAAUGCCGAAAGCAACAGUACAAAUGGUAAUACAUAUAUUAUCUUCAAUAGACCUGCUCUGGCAUAUACAUUGACGCAGGCCAAAUUUGUUCAAACAUGA